AUGGUCCCGAGUGGUAGGAGUCGGCAGACGCCAGUCACUGAGGUGAAUUUGAACGGCCGUGAUGUACACUUAUGGACGUACGACCAGCUGGAGGGUCUCACUAGUUCGGCGUUGCUGCAGAGGUGUCGAGACCUUAGGGAUCGGCUUGGCCCUUCUUUUUCCUGCCCAAGGAUUCCCCGGCAGACCGACACUAUGUUGAAGUGGAUCAUUGGAGUACAGUGCGAGGUGUCCGGCCAAGAGCCAGCGGAUUUCGGGUGCCCUAGGACGAUCUACGAUAAGCCUCAGCCAUGUAGGGUGCAGUCGGGGCUGCUGCCGGUAGCUGGGGAGGGCCCUAAGGCGAAGUGUCCGUCAUCAAGUACAGAGGAAGGGCCGCCUUAUGCUGGCGAUGAUCUCGAGAGGUGUUUCGAGUGGUCGUGGCAGCAGCCUACAGACCAUGUACGUGGGGAGGUGGUGAAAAAGAGGGGUGUUGAUGUGUUUAAGGAGGGGAAGAGACACGCCCGACCGUCGGUGGAAGGCUGGAGGGACCACAUCUUUGGUAAUACUAGUGUACAGGACCCUGGGCCUUGGGGGAGGCGGUUGGGGUCUCCUGAGGAGGAGGGCUGGAGGGACCAUUUCGAAAACGAUGGAGUUGGGAAUGUUGAUGAUGUUGUCCAUGGCAUGAAGCACGCUGAUGCGAUCACUGAGGGCUGGGCGGACCAUAUUCAAGCUGGGACUGUUGGUGAGGGUUCGUCAGCUGUCGAGGAUCAGCCCAGGGGAAGGGCCCAUAGGGGAGAGUAUGAGGCCUGGAGUAAGGACCAUAUGCUGGUCGCUGGGGAGGGGAUGGAGGACCCACGCCCCCAGGGGAGAAGGGGGCCAGAUCGCGAGGCGGACUUUGUAAGGGACCACGUGGAAGGAGGCACUACUACUGUUGAGGAGGAGAGGGGAAGGGGAAGGGAACAUGUUGGUCCGACGGAGGAAGACCAUAUUGUGGGGUGGACCGCAGUAGAGGGUGCUCCUGAGGGGGGCCAUGGUCGGAAGCAUGGGACGCCGAUGGAGGAGGGCUGGAAGGAUCAUCUUGGGGGUAUGCUACCGCCGAUGGGGACAUAA